UUCACAUAUGAUGUUUUGAUUCUCUGAUCAUAAAUCAUGUCACAAAGAUAUAUCACGUCCCAUAUAGAAUCUUAUGUCAAGAUUUAUCAACAACGAUACUCAAUUUUUUUUAAUCUUGUACAAUAUAUGUCAUUCAAUGAAUCUCGAGUUUGGACGAACUCUCAACCAAUGAUGUUGCUCAGAUGACGACAACUUAGUUAUAAUUUUUUUAUAAAGGUACUUCAAUAUUAGAUAAAUUUGGUCAUUCCAAUUGAAAGUUUACUAUCUUAGUGUAUGAUCAUAUUUGUCGAUCAAGACACUCUAUUUAAUAUCUUAUACAAUAUGUACCAAUUGUUAAUACCUAAAGUUUAAUUUUGACUCACCCUCGACUCAUGGUCGUUGUUUAGAAUCUCGGUCCAAGAUACUCACACACCGUCGAGGUUUCUAAUCUUAACAUGGUCCAUUAGUGUAUAAUUUUCUAUCUUAUCAAAUAUGCAUUUGCUAAAAUUUAUUUAUCUUUGGUGUUUGUUUUGGGAUAAAAAUUCCAUUACUUAUACUAAUAUCUUCAUUUUAUUGGUGUAGUGCCACAUCCUUAAUCAAUAUCUAAGCAUGAUACUAUCACUAAGUAAGAAAACGCUAUCAGAAUCACGAAUUAACCGAAUUUGUGGGCAUGAUACUAAACCCUAACCCUUGAUAAGUGAACCCGAGGUCUUAGUUAUCUAAAUCAUAGAGCUUAACCCCUAAGAUUGUGCAGGUAAUUUGUUGCAUAUAUUUUGUCGAAUAGUGACCGUUGAUUUUUGUUUAUAAUUAAACUGAUCUUAGUGUAAGAGAUUUAUAAAUUUAAGACCUAGAUUUUAAUUUUUAAGGCUUUGAGAAUAAUACCAUAUGCCAAACUCUAGUCAAUUCAAAAAAAUUAUUGAAUAAAAAAAGAAAACAUUAAAAGAAGAUAGAGAUAGCUACAUAAAUGAUCAUUAAAAUAAAAAAAAUAUUAAAAGAAGAUAGAUAUAGCUACACUAAUUGAUCAUUAAUUAACUUUUUUUAUUGUAAAAAAAAGUGUCCACCAUGACACCUUGUAAAUUCUCCAAAUGCUUAUAUGGCAACAAACUACUUUUGAAUGGUCAUAAUAUUACGUAUAGAUAGAUAGAUAUAGAUAGAUAGAUAUAUAUAGAUAGAUUAGGCCACUUGUAUUGUGCCACGAAAUCAAUCAAUACAAAAUAAAACGACCCCCUCGACUAAUUAGUAAUUACUUGCCCCCUAAUUUUUAAGCAUUAAGAAUGUCCCCGCCGGCCCCUAGGAUCCGUUUUGCUUUCUAAUUCAUCGUUUUUUGUUUUUGUGUACUAAAUAAAUUUUGAUGAGGUUUUACUUUUACUGUUACUUUAUGAAUAACGUGUGUGGUGCGCGUCAACAGUGAUAGACUGAGCUGAUGAGCUCUGCCCACCAUCGUCUCCUCUUGUUGCUAUCAAAACGAAAACAAAUGAACCGAAUGGAAAACCACGUCAAAUAUGGGAGCUAGGGAGAUUCUCUUCUCUUGGCCUUGGGGAUAGGGUUACUUGGGUUAGGUGGCAACUUCUUUUGUUUUUAACAUAUAAGUCGAGAUUUAGAGCGGGGAAGAUUAAAAAAAAAAAAAACACUAUAAAAACGUUCACCUUUUAUCUGAAUUUUAAUCGAGGCCAUGAGAGGUUUUAUCCUACUAUUUAGAGAAUGUUUUCUCAAAAUAUGAAUAUACACAUGAUACUUUAGAUUUUUAAGUAAUUCAUUUUCUUCUCAGGUAAGUUUGCGAUGCUAGGAGUACUAUUAUGUAAUGGUGAUUUAGCAUAGUUAUAUUUCUUACAAGUUAGAUAAUUUUCGUAUUAGGAAUGCGUCACGCGCGCAGACGAGCCCUUGGUGCUUGAGCUGUUCCCGAAUGCGGAGAAGAUGAAGUAGAUAACACGCCCGGGAACUCUGCAAUGAUCCUCGGCAGGAGACGAAACUCUGCCAUCUUAGCUCGCCGAACCACAAUUAGCACCGUAACUCCUCCCUCGUGAUGAGGGGUCGGUUAGCAUGCUAACCCUCUUAGGGGUUGGAAAAAUGACACCCCCUAGUAUAUUAAAUACAACUAUAGAAUUUAAUACACACAUUAAAUACACAUUAGAAAUUAAAUGUACCAUAUUAAUUAGGAAUUCUCUCACUAUUAAAUACACAUUAGGAAUUAAAAUACACACAUUAAAUAGACAUUAGGAAUUCUCUCACUAUAUUUGAUUUUUCCUUUUUCAGCAGUCUCCGACCACCAGACUUCCUCCGACCGCCACACUUCUCCGGUGAAAAUCCCAUCGGCAGACUCCCUCCGACCACCUCCAAAAAAUAUAUCACUGCACUGAUACGGUGUACCACUGUACUGGUAGAUAUAUCACUGCACUGAUACGUUGUACCACUGUACUGGUAGAUAUACCACUGCACUGGUAGCGAUAUCAGUGCACUGGUAGCAAUGUCAUAUCUGAGUAUCAGUGCAGUGGUACAAAUACCAGUAAAGUGGUAAUUAAUGUGGUGUAUUUAAUGCUUACUUUGUAUUUAAUAACAGAACAUUUAUUAUGUUUACUUUCAUUAAUACUUAUCAAUAAUUAAUGAAAAAUUGACCAAUUAAAAGGGGGUGUCAAAAACCAACCCCUUAAGGGGUUAGCAUGCUAACCCGUCCCUCGUGAUGAUCGAAUUAGAAUACCAAACCUUUGCCUCUUCUUCCUUGGAGACUGUCCAAACUCUCCAUUAAUGGAUAAUUGAAUGCAUCAACUACCUAACAAUUAAGCAAAGGACAAGAUAAGGCCAUUUAUUUCUGUAGCUUUAUUUCUUUGUUGCCCUUUGAUAGAGGACUGUUGCCAUUCCCAGGAAAAAAAACUGAUCAAUCAAAGAGGAAACGGUUCCAGUGGCGAUGACGAUUAUGUCGAGUACUUUAGCUCCCACAUGAUUUGCAGUUAAUGGAUGGCUACAUUGGGUUUUAGUUUGGUCGGUAUCUGUCUAUUUAGAGAAAUUCAAUCGGAAUGAAUUAUUUCUGAUUUUGAGAUUAUGGUGAAUGAUUCGUAAUUCGUAUGCGUAUUAUUGUUUGUUAUCAUAUCUUACGUAACGAGAGAGUUGAUUCCGGUCUAGAGAAACCCACGUAUAUUUCUUGUAAAAAGUUGGUAAAUGUAUGGAUUAUGAGAUGCGAGCAAGGUUGUCAACACGAGUGUCGACCAGCGGGUUGAUCCGGACCCGGCCUUGAAAACGGGUUAAAAUAGCCCAUUUGAGAGUUAGCCUGGAAAUGGUUAAAUCCGGAAAAACCCGGUCAAAUUCGGUAAAACCCGGGCGGUUGGCCCUUCUGAGCGGGUCAGCGAACUGCUCGUUCUAAAGUGUCGUUGAAUUUUUACUAUGUUGAAUUUAAGUUGAUGUUAUUUAAGUGUGUUGAAGUUUAAGUACGGUUGUUUUUUUUUUGUUGGAUUCAAAAUAAGUAUAAUAUAAUGACUUUUUCAUAUUUUUGGGCUAAAUCGGGCUAAAAUGAGUGACCCAUUAACCCUUGACCCACUAGCUCGACCGAGUCCGGGUCGACCCGCGGGUUGACAACAAGGAGGGUUGGAUCAAUUUUUUAUCACUACUCUAUGAGGUUGUUUGCUUGUAGGAUUUUGAUGAGAGAUUUUGCCUCAAAAUCCCAUAUGUGUUGGAUUAUGGUCCAAAUCCAUGUUUGUUGAUAAAAAUGAAGUUGAUCUAAAUCCGUGGAGCCCACAAAUGUGAGAUUUUCUUUUGUCCAAAAUCCAUGGACCCCAAUGAUUAUAAAAUCCCACCUCAUGAGGUAAGAUUUUGACAAAGUGCCAAAAUCCGUGGACAUCAUUUAACCCAUAUAUCCAAGAUAGUAAAGUCCAUUUGUAAUCCAACAAGCAAACAUGCAAAUUUUAAAAUCCAACACAAAUCCAACAUAGCAAAAUCCUGUUAUGAAACUAAUGAAAAUAUAAACAACUACAAGAGAAGAUUAGAGAGGAAAAGACACAAGAGAAGAGAGGGGAAGAGUUCUUCUUAUUCAUUCUUCACUUUUGAGAUAAUGGUGUGCUAUAUUUAUAGGCACACUUUGGUAACCACUACAUCCUUAUAUCAAUGCAUAUGAAUGAGAGAUAAUAAUGUAGAAAUAGAGGUUACAUGUAACUCCCAAGUGAGCAUCUAAUGUGGUAGGUCAUUGGUCAUCCAUAUAUCAAUAUUUACAUAAUACUCCCCCUUGGAUGACCACUAGAUUUCAUUACGCUAUAUCAUACUGCCUCAUUAAAAACCUUACCAGGAAAACCCAUUGGGAAAAAACCAUGGUUAAGGGAAAAAGAGUGCAGUGCGUAUAUGCUCCCCCUCAUGACCACAUCACUUCAUAUUAUUGAGUCGUUGAACUCAAAUUUCACGAACAACUUUUAGAAAGAUUGUUGUCGGGAGUGAGUUAGUGAACAAUCUUCUAGAUUGUCAAUUUGAUGCAUGAUCUUUAGAUUUUCUUCAUACAUGAUCGUCAGGAUCAUUUCAUUUGAAAAUAGUUCACAACCACAAGUACUUGAGAUAUGGUGGAUCACAAAGUGUAACGAAAGACAUUCGGGACUUCCCCAUUAUAGUUUGUUUUGUUUCUUUAUGAAACAUUUAUAUCACCACAUGUAAGAGAUAGCUCGUCUCCGAUCAACCAAUAUAAGGAUCAAAUUAUAUAUAGGAUUUGGAUAUAUAGUUUACCAAAUCUCUCUUUGAUAAUACCAUAAUAGAACAAUCGCAUAUAUUGUUCCUGGAGGUAACAAAGUAUUUUCCAACGUUCUAAUGAGGAAAAAAUUGUAUCUUGCCAAUAUUAUCAACACCAAAAUGAUAGUUUAUGUGGUGUUUGGCUAGCAAGGUGCAUUGGUGCUCUAAUGCAUCAACAUAUGGUACUUCAGGACCUAAUGUUUCACUUCUUUCUUGAUUUCUAAAUGGAUCUUUGGUCACUUCUAGUGAUCUUAGAAUCCUAAUGUUAUUUGAUGAACACAAUUCGUUCAUGCAAAAUUACUUUUCCACUUUUUCAACAUUACCUUCCUUGCCCAUAAAAAGGAUCUUAAAUCCUUCAAUUUAACUUAUGUCUCGAAGCAAUCAACUGCUUUAGGAAGCUCUUCAGGAGAUCCAAUAAUAGUCAUAUCAUUAACAUAAUAUGAGAUCGUAAAAAAAACUUAACUAACACAAACUGAUGCAAACAAUUCUUUCAUAUAACGAAAGAUAAUAACAAAACUCACAUCAUAGAAACAUAUGAACUAGACAAAGCACAGUCAUAAAACACAACUCAUACUUUAAAGUAAAACACAACUCAUAAACCAAGAUUUCAAAAUCCUUGAAGCACAUACAAACAACAUAACUAUAUAUGCACAAUGCAAAUGCUCUAAUGCACUCUAUCCGGAUUUAACCUUUUAAGGUCCAUUCACCCCACUGUUGUAGGUGUUCACUUAGACGAGUAUUUCACAUUCGUCUAUAUUUUCUCAACCCAUGCAGGGGAUAUUCUUAGUCUAUCAUUAUAUGUUCUCGAGAACUUUACUUGUUUACUUCAGGUAAAUUAAUCCUUCUAGGAGUAUUUAAUCCUUCUGCGAGUUUCAAAUAUAUUUAACAUCUUUCGGGAAUUCAAACAAAUAGGCUAUCACAACAAUUUUCAAACAUAGAUUUAAACAUUGAUUUGACAAAGUAGUUGCAUCCACCACAAGAGAGCAUAACUCCUCUCAAAUAAUGAUAGGUCUCUUCGAGAAACCCAUUGCAAAACAUUGUGUUAUAUCUCUCACAAUUUCAUACUUUCCAAUAGCACAAAAAUUUGUUUGUAUCCCGCUAGUUUUGCCCUUUUUUAGGUGCUAGGACUUCUGAUCCUUAAACUUUAUCCUCCUUGAGCAAGUUUCAUGAUUUCUUAAUAUAUUGGCCAAUAAAAUUAUCAUUUGCAUGCAUCAGUAGAGUUGUACUCUUGAUCCUCACUUGUACAUAUCAUAUUCAGUACUGAAGUACAACAAACAAAUUUCAUCGACAAUGAUUUUAUUACUGUUCCAGUAUUGUAGUCUAAUAUGGUUUUGAGAUCUCUUCGCUUUCACAACUUUCAGAGACAUGAAUUCUUCUGGAACUAAAAUUAUAUUUUAUUCGUGGUUACUCUUCUUGAGUUUUCAUGUCCUCGAGUUGACCAUUCUAAUUACAACUCCUUUUCUUUCUCGAGGAUGUUUAUCAUUGGAACCGAUUGGUCUAUCACGCUUCAUGCGCUCUUUCAUACACAUUUUUUUUAUAUUAGAGUAUCCAACAAGGAUAUCAAAUUUAGUUGGAGCAUUCACAGCUAGUAUAUGUGACUUGGUCACUUCGUAUGGCCAGUAAAGGCAUUUGAUAGUUGGUAACGAUAAUUCAUCUUAUGAACUUCAGGUUCAUGUUUCUUACUUUGAGGAUCAAAACUAGAUAAUGAUAACUCAUUCCAACUCAUCUCUUUGUCUGGCUAUUUUUUUUCUCCCCCUUAAUGUUGGAAAAGUGAUUCAUCAAAACAAUAAUUCGCAAACAAAUUUUCCAUUUGGGAUACCCAACACAAAUUCUCAAUUUCCAACGAGAAUCAACUUAAGAUACUAUGGUGGAGCAAUUGGGAAGUAUGCGGCACACCCUGAUAUUCUCAUAUGAGAAUUGUUAGGUUUCUGACCAAAACCAUUUGUAAAAGGGGGGAACUUAUGAUAACUUGUUGGUUAGAUGUGAACCAAUACUAUCACUUGCCAGCUAGCAUGUCCUCGACAAGAGUCCAGAAGGCUCGGUUUGUUCUCUUAAGCAAAGUGAUGUUUGAUUGGAUAACCAUCAAAAUGUAUUCAUAGUGAGGCAAUCAAUCUCGCAAACAUCGGGUUGCGAUUAGAUAAAAUAAAAGUGAUCAUAUAAAAUCUCAAGAGAUUUGUCAACUCUUAUACAAGCUCUGAUCAAUUGUUCUAUUCUCCUUGAGAACAAACAUGGCAUAAUAACUCUUUUAUUUGAAGAGUACUUUGACUUCACAUAUGAUGUUCUCAUGAAUUCUCGAAUAACUUUUUUCACAUCAAGAUCCGGGAUGGUCUAACCGGACCAACCAAUUAUCAGGCCACAAAACAUUAGCUCUUUUAGAGCUUUACCAUAUUUUGUACCAUAUUUCACCAUUCCGGAGACUUAUGAUUUGAUGCAUUCUUAGUAAACACAUAUUCAUAGUGAAUACAUCACAAAUUAUUAUCACGAGUACAUAAUUAAGUUACUUCAAGUAACCAAACAUAAGCUCUUCGGAAGCUUUUUCUCAUUUAUGUACUCUACCAUAUAGUUUAUAUGGAUUUUUUCUAACAAUCAUACUUUACAAAAACACACUAAAAUAAUAAAUGAGAAUAUUCAAACUUAAGACAAAAUGACGAACUUAUCAAGUUAAUCGUUCUAGAUAAAUGUUAUCAAGUUAAAUUAUACAUGAAAAUAAUGGCACAAUGAAACAUAAUAGAAAACAAGAAUCAUAAUACUACAAUUGUGAAAAUUUAAAUAAGCUUUAUUUGGAACAAUAUCAUCACUAACUAGGUGAUUUUAAAUUUAUAUAUGCGUUCCAUUAUGCAUUUCAAUGUACAACAGGUACAUUAUAUUAUCAUGACUUUGAUAAUGCAAUUGUUAUUUCAUCCUUAUUUAUAAUUCUUCUCUUUUCUCACUUCUGGUGAAAAGAUCCAAACAAUACAUUUAGCAUAUAUAUAAUCAUGUUUAUAGCUCCAUUCACUUCGGGGAAUAGAUUGUUUCAUUCACUUCUGGGAAUGAAAAUGUCUCAAGUGCAAUAUCAUUUUCAUCUUUAAUGGAGAAUAUACCAACUUAUAAUACAAAAAAUAUGCUCCAUAAUAUUGAUAUUGCAGGAGCGUAUAUGAAUUUGCUCUUCUCUUUGAUUCUUGGUAGAAUAAAGUCUUUUGCGUACAACGGGUACGAGACAAGCACACUUUUCCAUUACAAUGGUAACAUACAGAACAAAUAUUCUUGUUACCAUGUCCACUUCUUUCUAUCCCCUUGGAUUCUUCAAUUUCCACUUCUGGGGAAUAUAUGGGCUCUUGGAACUUGCAUUUUCUACAUAUCAAUGUGGGAUUGAUAAGAACAGAAUAACACAGAGAAUUGAAAAAUUAACUCAUCACUUAUAUUACUUUUCUUGUUAUUGCAACUAUAUGAGCAAAUUUUAAUUUGCGGUAAUGUCAAAACACCAAUUUAAUUUUAAGGAAUCGAUGUAUGUAUUGUAAAACACAUAAUAAUAUACAUCAAAUUACACAACCCAAAAUUUUAAUUCAAAUAGAUGUACGAGAUAAAAUAUCAAUUGAUGGUAUACUACGAGAAAAGAGUAGCAUCCAUCUUAAUAUAUUGGAAUGAGAUAAUCUCACCACAAAUAAGACAAUAAGAUAUGAAAGAAGACAAAGAUUUUGCAUACCUUGACCAUAUUGUGUUCAUAAUCCAAUAUACUAGAUUGUGUAGAGAGACAAUGACCAACCAUGAUGCUAGCAGAGCUUCGUGCUGAUAACGUGUUAUGAAACUAAUGAAAAUAUAAACAACUACAAGAGAAGAUUAUAGAGGAAAAGACACAAGAGAAGAGAGGGGAAGAGUUCUUCUUAUUCAUUCUUCACUUUUGAGAUAAUGGUGUGCUAUAUUUAUAGGCACACUUUGGUAACCACUACAUCCUUAUAUCAAUGCAUAUGAAUGAGAGAUAAUAAUGUAGAAAUAGAGGUUACAUGUAACUCCCAAGUGAGCAUCUAAUGUGGUAGGUCAUUGGUCAUCCAUAUAUCAAUAUUUACAUAAUAAAUCCAACAUAAUCUUUCAAUCCAAAAAUCCAAAGUUUUACAAAAAAAAAAAUCAUUUUUUAAAAUCCCACAAGUAAACGACAUCUAUGUACUACUCGUACCUAACCUGUGUGGAUUUGACCAAUUGGAUAGGUGCAGUCUUUCAAACUCAUGAGUGACCAUCUCUGAUAGAAGUGAGAGUAGUAAGAGUGCGAUAGGUUGUCAACCCGCGGGUUGACCCGGACCCGGUCGAGCUAGUGGGUUAAGGGUUAAUGGGUCAACCAUUUUAGCCCGAUUUGACCCGGAAAUAUGGAAAGAGUCAUUAUAUUGUACUUUUCCUUAUAAAUUAUAUCAAAUCUUAUCUAACAUAUGAGUUAUAACAUAUAAUAUUACACCAAAAUAACAUAUCGUACUUAGAUCUAGCAUAAAGUGAAAAUUCACACACACUUAUAUACAUCAAUAUUCAAAUAGUCAACUUAGGAUUCCAAAGUUUGAGUUAGGCGAAAAGAAAAAUCGGAAAAUAUGCGCAUUUCGCAAACCAAAGAAAAAAUGACACAAUUUGACCUUCAACCCGGUACCGUAUAGCGGUCGACCCGACGGGUGUGUGCAGCCCAUUUUUCUCACCGGGUCAAGGUUAAAGUGGGUCGACCCGCGGGUUGACAAUGCGAAAUAACGUGGCGUUUCUCGAUUACAAAAUGUCAUAGAACUCCUCAAGUGUGUUGUGUAGCUUGUAAGAAAAGCGUGCUCUAUGGAAAUGUAAUAGAAGUGAAUUGUAGGCAUUUCAUUUCUUAAAGCUAUAAUGUGACCCAUGAAAUUCACCUACACAAUUUGCUUUAGGGUCGUUUGGAAGUUGCGCAUGUUAAAUCGUUGUAUUGUGAAUAAUCAUUGUAAUAUGAAAUACAUGUAUUGAUACAAUCGUUGCAUUAACAUUAUAUUGUUUGGUUGUUGAUUUUAUAGUUUAGGGAUUAACAUAAAGUAAAAUUUUGGUGAAAAUAUCACAUUUACCCUUUAUUUUAACAUAUAACAUAUAACUCUUUUCCCCUCCAUCUCGUUUACUAGGGGUAUAAAUGAAAAUAAAAACGAGAUAUAAAUCUAAAAGCAACAAUCACAAUAAUAUCAACUUUUAGUUGAGAUUGUAUAAUACUUAAUUUUUUGUGAUUGUAUGUGGGAUCCACACAAAACAAUACAUGUAAUGUUUCACA